UAACUGAAGCAAAGAAUAGUCAUAUAUUUUAUUCAGUGACAGAAGUAACUAAGUAGGUACACAGAAUAAAUUAAGUAACAGUUUACGAAUUACGAUGAUAAAAACAUUUUGUAUUUACGCAACAAUAAUAAUGUCAGCCAAUAAAAUAUGGAGAACUACGACAUAGACGAAAUGAAGAAAUAUUUGAGCGGGGACUGCGUAUCAAAAAACCGUGAUGAUACCUUUCUAAUUUGUCAUUCAAUAAACAUAGCUAUAAUAUCUAAUAAUAUUACCUAUUUUCAUUCUUGUACAAAAAAUUCUGCAGCCAAAUCGAGUAACGACGUAAACAUUUUAAAUAAUUGAGUAUCUUAACACAUUUGAACAUCAAAAAAACCGCACAGCUGAAUCCGCCAACCAACCGAUUAAUUGCAAGGAGUGAAGGAUGAAUCUCAGAGAAAACGAGACCAAUAGAUGGAAUUCUUCUUCUCACUUUCAACAACCGUCGUACAGACUCAUCGACAGAUUUAUCUGUUUGAAAACUACUUAUUGGAACAGAGAAUAUGCAAUAAUUUUACUUGGAUUUAUAGGUUUAUCAAUUUUGUCGUUUCAAUGUUAUUUACAUUUUAUGUAUUUUGAGUUUUUGUCCGAUCAAAAUAAAAUUGACAAUUCCCAUUUUAUUUACUUAUAUUUCUACGAGUAUGGAUAUAUUAUCAGUUUGAUACCUGUCGGUAUCUUGGCCACCGUUUAUCCAGCUCACAAUAUUUUAGGGCUUUCCAUCAUCAUAUCGUCAAUUGGUCAUUUAAUUGUAGUCAUGAGUUUAUGUUACAUAAACACUUACACGCAUUUUUUCUUACAAUUUUGUUUGGGAAUGGCCGAGGCCGCGGCGAGUUCAGCGUUUGAUAGGGUUUGGACAUAUUGGAUUCCGCUGAAUAUGCAGACAAUACGUCACGCUCCAAUAGUAAUGUAUGAGUUGAUAUAUGGAAGCGAAAAUUUCAAAGAGAGUAUUAUUAAUAAUCUCCACCAUAUAUAUUCGUCUUAUACGUUAACUCUAUCUAUUGGAGUAAUCGGGUUGGCGUGGUACGUUUUGUGGUUGUACGUGAUCAAUGGUAAUCAAUUUCGAAACUUGAACCGUGAUAUUAUAUUGUUUGGAGGUUCAAACAACCCGCAAUAUUCUUUUGAAAAACCUGGUGUUUCAUUAAUCCAUUCAAUCGUAUCGGACAUACCAUGGAAAUCGUUGUUUACUUCUAAGCAUGUCCUUGUGAUUGCUUUAUUAUACGCGUGUAAUGGUCAAGUUUUUACUAAAAAAAUAAAUGGUGAAUUCUACGUAAAAGAAUUAUCAGAAUGGCAUUUGAGAACAUACACUACCAUUGUAUUGUUUCUCAUCAUCGUCUUAGUCGAAUUAGUUCCAGAAAUUACCGUUUCCAUUUCGACCACCAACAUCAGAAAGUUUUGUAGUUGUUUAUAUUUUAUUUCAAUAAGCAUAUAUUAUUUUCUGGAAGCCAAUAUCGGUAACACUUUAGAAACCUAUACAACUUACCAUUUUGUACUUAUAGAAAUGGAAUACAUCAAUAUUUUCGGAUUUUACAUAAACCAUUUAGAUAUUGCACCAAACUAUGCUAGUUUACUUUUUAGUAUUCUGACCACCGUACAUGUUAUUUUCAAUUCAUUGUUGGACACACUCCUAAGUAUGACAUUUAAUUUUAAGAUACUUAACGAUACCACAGCUGAUAUGCUUAUGGCGAUAGUAUGUUUAGCGAUGGCAAUUUUAUAUGCUAUUUUCGCUUCGGCGGAAAUACAACCAUGGGCAACAGAUAAACCAGUAGAACAACAAAAUAUAAUUGAAAACGACAAUCUACCGUCUGUAUAAUAUACUAAUAAAAUUCGUUUAUUUCUGUUCACAAUACUGAAUACAUGUUACUCGUAAAUAUGUCAUAUAGAUAAUAAAAUUAUUAAUUAUUA